AUGCUUAUGAAAAUGUCAAAAGUUAAUCCGAAAGUGACGUUGCAAAAAUAUUCAAUAAUAGCAAUGGUCAGCAAACCUAGAAUCUUUUUUUGCAAUCUUUAUGAAAAUGUCAUAAAAGAUUUUUUUCUUAUAAUUUUGAAGCGGCUUCUUCAGUGUGAAGUUUCUCUUUUGGAUAAAUUGAUUAUCGUAUGGUUCCUUAGAGUUAAAUUUAUUGGUGUCACGCUGAAAAUUUGUAUGAAUAGUCACGUGCUGCGAUGGCAUCGUGAUUUUAGUGCAAGCGAUCACAGAUGUUAA